CAAGCCACGAGCUCAAGUUCAACGGUGCGUGCAACUGCUCCCGCAGCUAGCUCCUCUCCAAGCGUUCCGGCAGCCGCUACCAGUUCUACGAAUUUGAGUGGAAGCUAAAGGGUGUGCACCUUCGUGGUGAUGUCAGACAGGACGAGAAGACUUAUUGUUUUAGGCACUGCAUUCGGCAGGCUCAUAACAACGUUUGAGAAGGGCAUAGAUGGCAGUUUAUUGCUGAGUCUUUGCAACCCUGUCUGAGAACGAACUUCCCCAUCCCAUGCCUAAUCCUUGUUACGUUGGCAGUUUUUUCUAGAC